UACAAAGCUAAGCCGACAAUCCCAUCAGAAAAUAAGCCGACAGUGAUUUUCUUUUGUGCGGUUACCAAACACCAUUAUGUACACUAGUGCGGUAUAGUGUUUUGUGUACGGAGGACUGUACAGAUUUAUUUAUUUAAUUUGUCAUGUGGCACAAAUGGAUAAAAGGAACAACUUAAAAGUCGUCAGCAGAAAUGCCAAGGCCACCUCGUGAAACAUACGGGGAUCAGAAACCACCAUAUUCGUACAUAUCUCUCACAGCGAUGGCCAUAUGGAGUUCACCGGAAAAAAUGCUACCCCUUUCGGAAAUCUACCGAUUUAUCACCGACCGUUUCCCUUACUACCGGCGAAACACCCAAAGAUGGCAAAACUCCCUCCGGCAUAAUUUAUCUUUCAACGACUGUUUCAUCAAAAUACCGCGCCGACCGGACCGUCCCGGCAAGGGCGCCUUUUGGGCCCUCCACCCUUCUGCUUUAGACAUGUUCGAAAACGGGAGUUUCCUCCGACGACGGAAACGCUUCAAACUCCCCAAACACGUCCACGAAGAGCUCGAUAGUCUCUCAAAACUGAACAGUUCCUUCAUGGGGGGACAAACAGUCAGUCCUACCCCAUCCACAUGCUUAUCAAACGUCCCUCCAAUUGUCUGUCCCCCAACCACCGACCUCUCUUUACCCCUUCCGCCUAUUACACCAGUCACGACAACCGCCCCCAAGUCCUUCAGCAUCGAUAGUAUCAUUCAAAGCGAGCCAAAAUCGCCCCAAGCCCAAUUUCCAGCAAACAUACCCCCAAUUCAAACACUCCCUAACCUUUCCUGGGUCAACAUGAUGACCCCUUCCACCUCCCAAAAUGAACUCCAUAACCGAGACGAGUUGAUCAUGGCACAGAAAGCGGCAUUUUUCGAAUAUGCCGCCGCCAUUUUCUCGAUAAAUGCCUCGACCAGUGCGAAAACGGGCACGGGGGUCAUACGACCCCUUCCCAUCAUGCCUAACGCUCUGUACCCGGCGACCUGCCAUACAGUACCACUACCAGUGCAAUACUCGUUUUGCAUGCCUAAUAUGCGUAACUUGGAAUUUGAGACUGAGCACGAAUGUGAUAGAACCAUCAUGGACAAAAAUAUCUCACUCAACUAUUUAAUCGCCCAAAAUGGACAAGAGGACAACAUCGAAAUUUCCUCCUCGUCCUCAGAGGAGACCACCAACGUGUAAAUAAUAUUCGUUGUGCAAACUGUGUUAAUGUA